AUGCCUGUCAUGCCUUCUUUCCGGCUUGCUAUAUGUCUCUGUGCUAUGGGCUCCCUAGUCGCAGCCGGCCCAUGUGACAUCUACGCCUCUGGCAAUACGCCCUGCGUCGCAGGCCACAGCACCACCCGCGCUCUAUAUAAUGCUUACAGCGGCCCACUAUACCAAGUGUCGCGGGCUUCCGACGGCACCACAGCCGAUAUUGCACCCGUGUCCGCGGGCUCAGUAGCCAACGCCGCAGCCCAAGACAAAUUCUGCUCAGGCACAACUUGCAGCAUUACUAUAAUUUACGACCAGACCGGCCAUGCCAAUCACCUUACGCAAGCUCCGGGAGGAGGCGCAGCAUCUGGGCCCGACAACCUAGCCAGCGCAACUGGCGCGCCCGUCACGCUCAACGGCAAGAAGGCGUACGGUGUCAAGAUCCAGCCUGGGAUGGGAUACCGCUGCGAUACGGCUGUGGGCACAGCCACCGGCAACGCAGCAGAGGGGAUGUAUGCUGUUCUUGACGGAACGGAUUACAACAGUGGAUGCUGCUUCGACUACGGCAAUGCCGAAACGAACAAUGACGACAAUGGCGAUGCCCAUAUGGAGGCUAUCUACUUUGGACUCGGUACUGGAUUCGGCACUGGAACCGGGAGCGGUCCCUGGAUUUUGGCGGACCUUGAGAAUGGUCUAUCUGCCGGAGACAAUUUUGCUGUGACAUCAACCAACCCGACGAUUACCUCGCGUUUUGUCACUGCUAUCGUUAAGGGGGAGCCAAAUCAGUUUUCAAUCCGUGGUGGCAAUGCUGUCUCUGGCUCACUUGGAACAUACUGGAGUGGAGUCUACCCAACUGGUUACAGCCCAAUGAAGAAAGAAGGCGCCAUUAUUCUGGGUAUUGGUGGUGAUAACAGCAAGAGUGCCCAGGGCACUUUCUAUGAAGGUGUUAUGACUUCGGGUUACCCAUCAGAUGCUACCGAAAACUCGGUACAGGCCAACAUUGUAGCUGCCAAAUACGCUGCUUGA